AUGCAAGGAUAUGACGGGAAUCCAUACCUGAUAGAUGGUUGUCAAGAUAUCAAUGAAUGUCUAGAUCCGCAACCAGAUUAUGAUAGGUGUGUCAAAAAUGCCAUUUGCAACAAUAAAGAUGGGAGUUAUACAUGCAUAUGCCGUCCAGAUUUCAGUGGUGAUGGUUAUACCGAAUGCAUUCGCCACAAUCCUCAGAGAAAAAUUCAGAAUAUUUAUCUAAUUAUAGGCAUUACAUCAGGGGUUGCUUUAAUAGUUAUUGUAGUAUUUGGCUGGUCAUAUACUGCAUUCCAAAGGAGAAAAAUGUCAAUGCUGAAAAAGAGGUUUUUUCAAGAAAAUGGUGGAUUAGUUCUACUGCAACAACUCAAAGUGGAAGAGGGAUCAAGUAAUACUAAUACAGUAAAGAUUUUCACAGUGGAAGAGCUAGAAAAGGCAAUUAAUGGCUUUGACAAAAAUAGAGUUGUUCGUCAAGGAGGUUUUGGAACUGUGUACAAAGGAUAUCUAAAAGAUAAUUGCAUCGUUGCCAUAAAAAAAUCUAAGGUAAUUGAUCCCAAUCAAAUUGAACAAUUUAUAAAUGAAGUACUUGUCCUUUCCCAAAACAACCAUAUAAAUGUGGUUAAGCUCUUAGGUUGUUGCCUAGAGACGGAAGUUCCACUAUUGGUGUAUGAAUUUAUCAGCAAUGGAUCACUUUCUGAACACUUACAUGAUAAAUUAAAGGCGCCAACUCUUUCUUUGGAUAUUCGUCUGAAAGUUGCUGUAGAAACUGCAGGAGUACUUUCCUACUUUCACUCAGCAGCUUACCCUCCUAUCAUCCAUAGAGAUAUUAUAUCAGUCAACAUUCUUUUAGACAAAAACUACACAGCAAAAGUGUCUGAUUUCGUAGCAUCCAGGUUGGUUCCUGCUGAUCAAAUAGAGCUAUCUACAUUAGUGCAAGGAACUUUAGAAUAUUUAGAUCCUGAAUACUUGCAAACAAAUCAACUCAAUGAAAAAAGUGAUGUAUACAGUUUUUGAGUAGUUCUUGUAGAGCUCCUAACCGGUAGAAAGGCUCUAUGUUUUGAAAGACCAGAAGAAGAGAGAUGUCUAGCUCAAUAUUUCAUAUCUUCAGUGGAAAAGGGUCAUUUGUUCGAUAUUCUAGACCACAACAUAGUCUCUCAUGAGGUAAAUGCAGGGCAAUUGAAAAAUGUAGUUGUGCUUGCCCAAAGGUGCUUAAUACUUAAAGGGGAUGAUCGACCUACAAUGAAGGAAGUUGCAGCAGAAUUGGAAGCUGGAUUGAAAUUAAAGCACUCGUGGGCUCAAACUGAUCAACAGUCAGAGGAGACUAAAUCCUUACUGCCUGGAUUUGGAUAUGAAUUAAUUUGCUUUUCUCUAUGUUUUGGUGAUUAUGCUAUGUUACCAACACACAACAAUCUCAUAGCAAAACCCAACUGCAAAAAAAGUUGUGGAAAUGUCAGCAUCCCUUUCCCAUUUGGGAUUACACAAGAUUGCGUUUUAUACAAUCAAUUCCUUGUUACUUGUGAUUACACUUUUCAACCUCCCCGUCCUUUUUUCUAUGACUCCUCUAUUCAAAUCACAAACAUAUCUCUCACUGGGCAACUUACAGUCUUUCAAUUCAUAUCCAAAGAUUGUUAUAAAUCCGGGGUAAACACGGAGAAUAACACUCCAUGGAUAUCAUUAACACAAUUGUUUGCAGUUAGCAACACCGCGAAUAUGUUCAUCGCGAUUGGCUGUGAUACAUAUGCUAUAGUUCAGGGUUAUUAUUCAAAGUUUGAAAAUAUGACGACUAAGCAUUACUCCUACAUAACAGGAUGUACGUCCAUGUGCAAUAGUCUUGAUGAUGCUGAUAAUAACACAUGUUCCGGAGUUGGUUGUUGCAAGACAUCCAUCCCUAAGGGAGCAUGGAAUGUUACUAUAACACUAAGCAGUUACUAUAAGCAUACUUAUGUGAAUGAUAACCCUAGGUGCAGCUAUGCUUUUGUGGUCGAAGAUACUAACCCUUAUGCAAAUUUUUCAAAGAAUAACCUCGAAAAUUUGAAGAACAUGGAUAAACUUCCACUUGUGCUAGAUUGGGUAAUUGGUAAAGGAACAUGUGAAAUAGCUAAGAGAAACUCGACUGCAUAUGAAUGUAAGAGUGAAAAAAGUGAUUGUUAUGAUAGUUCAAUUGGAUAUAGAUGUUCCUGCAUGCAAGGAUAUGAUGGGAACCCAUAUCUCAAAGAUGGCUGUCAAGACAUAGACGAAUGUAUAGAUCGGAAACCAGAUUAUAGAUGUGCCAACGAUGCCAUUUGCCAGAAUACAGAAGGGAAUUAUACAUGUAUAUGCCCUCCAGAUUUUAGUGGUAAUGGUGUUACUGCAGGGGUUGCUUUUGCGAUUAUUAUUGUUUUUGGCUGGUCAUAUACUGCGUUCCAACGGAGAAAGAUGUCAAAGAUGAAGAAGAAGUUUUUUCAGGAAAAUGGUGGAUUAGUUCUACAAAAGCGACUUACAAGGAAAGAGGGAUCAAGUCAUAAUAAUGCAAUAAAGAUUUUCACAGCGGAAGAGCUAGAAAAAGCAACGAAUGGUUUUGACAAAGACAGAGUUGUUGGUCAAGGAGGUUUUGGAAUUGUUUACAAAGGAUAUCUAAAAGAUAAUUGCAUCAUUGCCGUAAAAAAAUCUAAAGUAAUUGAUCGCAAUCAGAUCGAACAAUUCAUAAAUGAAGUACUUGUCCUUUCCCAAAUCAACCAUAGAAAUGUGGUUAAGCUAUUAGGUUGCUGCCUCGAGACGGAAGUUCCAUUAUUGGUAUAUGAAUUUAUCAACAAUGGAACACUUUCUGAACACUUACAUCAUAAAUUGAAGGCGUCGAAUCUUUCUUUGGAUAUUCGUCUGAGAGUUGCUGCAGAAGCUGCAGGAGUACUUUCCUACCUGCACUCAGCAGCUUACCCUCCUAUCAUCCAUAGAGAUAUUAAAUCAGUCAACAUUCUUUUAGACAAAAGCUACACAGCCAAAGUUUCGGAUUUCGGAGCAUCAAGGUUGGUUCCUGCUGAUCAAACAGAGCUAUCAACAUUGGUUCAAGGAACUCUAGGAUAUCUAGAUCCUGAAUACCUGCAAACAAAUGAACUCAAUGAAAAAAGUGAUGUAUAUAGUUUCGGAGUAGUGCUUGUAGAGCUCCUAACCGGUAGAAAGGCUCUGUGUUUCGAAAGACCACCAGAAGAAAGAAGUCUAGCUCAAUAUUUCAUUUCUUCAGUGGAGAAGGGUCUUUUGCUCGAUAUUCUAGACGAUAAUAUAGUUUAUGAUGAGACAAAUGAAGGAAAAUUAAAAAAUGUUGUUAUGCUUGCACAGAAGUGCUUAAAUGUUAAAGGGGACGAGAGACCUACAAUGAAGGAAGUUGCAGCAGAAUUGGAAGCUGGAUUGAGAUUGAAGCACUUGUGGGCUCAAACUGAUCGACAUUCAGAGGAAAAAGAGUCCUUACUGCCUGGCGCACAAACAUUGAGAUUUGGAUGCGAAUAUAGUGAACAUAGUAUCCAUGUUGAUAGUAUAACGAGCCAUGUAACUUUACCAUUUCCUGGAGGAAGGUGA